AUGGCGCUGUUCUGUAGGCGUUAUUGCCUCCGCAUUAAAUUCACUUCCGUCGCCCACGAUCGGUCACUUCCGUCGCCCACGGUCACUCCAUCCCUUCGCCUACGCUCACUCCCAUUCCAUCGUCUAUGCGCAAUCCUACGCGACCCCCCGCUCGUCGCACACGGCCUAUUCCCUCCCGUCGCACACUACCUCACCCAUCUCCGCCUCACCCAUCUCCGCCUCAACCAUCUCCGCCUCACCCAUCUCCGCCUCACCCAUCUCCGCCUCACCCAUCUCCGCCUCACCAUCUCCGCCUCACCCAUCUCCGCCUCACCCAUCUCCGCCUCACCCAUCUCCGCCUCACCCAUCUCCGCCUCACCCAUCUCCGCCUCACCCAUCUCCGCCUCACCCAUCUCCGCCUCACCCAUCUCCGCCUCACCCAUCUCCGCCUCACCCAUCUCCGCCUCACCCAUCUCCGCCUCACCCAUCUCCGCCUCACCCAUCUCCGCCUCACCCAUCUCCGCCUCACCCAUCUCCGCCUCACCCAUCUCCGCCUCACCCAUCUCCGCCUCACCCAUCUCCGCCUCACCCAUCUCCGCCUCACCCAUCUCCGCCUCACCCAUCUCCGCCUCACCCAUCUCCGCCUCACCCAUCUCUCCCAUCUCCGCUUCGCCCCAGCUCCGUCCGCACGCACUUUCUCUCGUCGCGCGCGAACAACUCUCCUUCCCGCCGCCCACGCUCUCUUCCUCCUGCCGAAUUCCGCCUCACCCCAUUCCGCCCCCACCCCAUUCACCCCCACCCCGUUCCGCCCCACCCCGUUCCGCCCCACCCCGUUCCGCCCACCCCGUUCCGCCCCACCCCGUUCCGCCCCACCCCAUUUUACCUCCCCACCCCAUCUCCGCACGUCCGCCCUUUUCGUAUUCUCACCCCAACUCCUCUCCUCCCCAUCCAGCGCAUGCAGCGUAUGACAAGGCAGAGGAGCAUUUCCAAUGUGCAGCGCCAUCCCUCACCUCCCCAUCCCUGCGUGCUGCUGUAAACGAUGCGGAAACCCGCACUGUGUCCCCCUCUCCGUGUCACCAUCCCCGCCUCUCCCCCGUCAACACCACCCCAUCCCACGCCACCAGGACGGGGUUGACGCGGGGCAGAGGCGUGGGGCAUUGCUACCUGCCGCAACACCGCUGUCACGGGCUCAGCGUCGAGCUGAGUCGGAGGCGCCGCGACGUCUCCUCCUCACCCCAUCUCCUCCUCACCCCAUCUCCUCCUCACCCCAUCUCCUCCUCACCCCAUCUCCUCCUCACCCCAUCUCCUCCUCACCCCAUCUACUCCUCACCCCAUCUCCUCCUCACCCCAUUUCCUCCUCACCCCAUCUCCUCCUCACCCCGUCUCCUCCUCACCCCAUUUCCUCCUCACCCCAUUUCCUCCUCACACCAUUUCCUCCUCACCUCAUCUCCCCAUCCUCAUCUCCCCAUCCCUCAUCUCCCCAUCCCUCAUCUCCCCUUCCCUCAUCUCCCCUUCCCUCAUCUCCCAUUCCCUCAUCUCCCCAUCCUUCAUCUCCACAUCCCUCAUCUCCCCAUUCCGCCCCACCCCAUUCCGCCCCACCCCUUUUCGCCAUGCCAUCUAACUUCCCAUCCCCAUUUCGUCGUUUCCCCAUCCCUCCUUUCCCUCUCCCAUCAUUCCCUCUGCCGACUUUCACCAUUCCACCAUACGGUCAUACCCCAUCCCGCGACCUCCCCGUCACCUCCACCCCGUCCCCUCUCCUCCCUGCUUCUUCCCCUCUCCUCCCUGCUUCUUCCCCUCUCCUCCCUGCUUCUUCCCCUCUCCUCCGCGAUCCAUCCCUCUCAAUACCCAUCCGCUCCUCUUCCCAUCCAUCCUUUCCCCAUUGAUCCUCUCCUUAUCCCUCCUCCCCCCUUUUUCGUUUUCCGGAUCAAACUUCUUCCUCCCUGCAUCCCUUCUUCUGUUCCUCCAUUCAUUCGGGCCUUCCCUUCUUCUGUUCCUCCAUUCAUCCGUCCUUCGUUUCCUCUGUUCGUAACUUCAUGGGUCCCUCUUCCUAUCCCCUUUCCCUCUCACAUCGUCCUGUCUCCCCCUUUCCCUUCUCCCCUGCUUCCCUCUUCCCCCUCUUUCCCUGCUUUCCCCUUCCCAUCGCUCGUAUUCUCUCCCUCUCCCUGGCUAUUGCAGUGA